UUUCCAUUUAUGCAUGUAGGUACAAUGAAUUUGAUCAACCUGUCUGUAGGGUCUGUGAUGUCAUUUUGAAAUCUGAAUCCCUAUGGGAUGCACACCAAGCUUCUCGUAAACAUCAUGAGGAAAUGAUGCGGUCAAGUUCCUAGAUCCAGAUUCAUACAACAAGACUGGGGGUUCUGCUUCUGCUCAAACUCAGUCAAUGGAGCCUCUUGAGUCGAAAAACAAUUUAGACAGAUUGUCCAGUUCUCACUCUGAAAAGAUGGGAAAAAGUGGAAUUCAUCAUGCCAGGGACCUUACCCAGACAUCAGGAAAGAUUGUUGGUUCAGAAACCAAGGAAGUAAAGGGUGCUCUUCCUGAAGGCUUCUUUGACAACAAGGAUGCUGACCUUCGUGCACGUGGUAUUGUGCCUGUUAAGCCGGAUGUCAAGGACGAGUACAAAGAAUUUGAAAAGUUGAUACAGGAGGAUUUGAAGGAGGUGGACAACCGUUUGGAAGAAGAAGAGUUUGAUGCAGCUGAGAUGAUUGAAGAGGCCGAGUCUGUGGAGCAAAAGGUGUAUUGGGAGAAAGUGGAAAUGCUGAAGAAGAAGAAAUUGGAGCUGAAGGCGGCUAGAUCCGGCAGACAGAGUAAACAGCCUGAGGUCAGAGGCAAGGGGCAUAGCUCUAAAGAGGAUUCAUCCAGUGAUGAUGAUAGUGAUGGGAAAUUCAUGGUUGAUUGGAGAGCACAACACCUGUGAAUACUUCUGUUUGAAAUUUUCUAUGUCGCCUGUGCAGACAUGUCUAUGUUGGCAUGCAAACACCUGAUUACGUUUGCUGGAGUUUGGUGCUUGCUGCUUCUUUCAUUCUGAGCCAUUCUCCAGAUUUUGGUUCAACUGGCUGCUGAUUGAAAGGGAUGGGGAGUGAGGCGAGGUGAGAGUAAGCCCUGGUCCAAGAUCUGGGUUUUGGUUGAAACUUGAAUGGUGUAUCCCGAAUUCCGAUACUAAGAUUUAGGGUUUAAUGAAGACAAAUGGGUUAGGAAAGGAAUCAGUUUUAUGCUCUUAUUGUUUAUUUGGAAAUUUUGAGUUCUUUCCCGGUGUUGCUGGUUAUUAUCUGAAACACCUGCGCUACUUAACACUUAUCUUUUCACUACCUUCAAUUAUAUGGUGUAAUCGCACAACUGAAAUGCAAAAUUUUCUGGUGGGAUUAUCUC